GUCUCUAUUUUUUCCAUUUGCAUGCUGGGCUGCAAAAAAUAGGGACCCAAAUUCUACAUCAACUCCAGCCCAACACACAAAAUGCAAAUCGUCCCGUGGCCAUGCUCCUCUCCUGCCCCCACGGCGGCGGCGGCGCUCCUCUCCUCGGCGGCGGCGCGUCCAUCUCUCUCGCACGGCAAUCGCUGCUGUCGCCUGCAGUCGCCUGCAGCCGCUGGCAACGAGCGGCGCCGCACCGGGCCGCUACGUGACCUCGGGACCCGCCGUCGGCGGCGGGGCCACGGCCAUGGGGAUCUACGAGCGGCAGCGCCACCUGGUGGCUGCCGGCGUGUCCGUGUGGGGGGAGCCGUUCCGGCCCGACGCCGACGCCCUGCCCCUGUCCGCGGUCGUCCCCACGGUCACCCUGGUGACGACGCCGGCGCCGCCGCUUGACGUCGUCGAAGCAGAGGAGGUCAAGUUCGGCAAACACCAGCUGUUGCAGGCACAGCAGUACGACGUCCCGCCGCAGGUGGAAGAAGAAGCGGCGCCGGCGCCGCCGCCGCCGUCGUCGGAUAGCUUCGGCCACGACCACGACCACGACGCCGCCCGACCAAGAGACAAGAUUCAGAGACGCCUCGCGCAGAACAGAGAGGCCGCUCGGAAGAGCCGGCUCCGGAAGAAGGCGUACAUCCAGAAUCUGGAGACGAGCCGGAUGAAGCUGGCGCAGCUGGAGCAGGAGCUCACCAUGGCCAGGCGCCAGCAGCAGCACGGCGCGUACGGUGUUGGAGAAGGAGGAGUCGCGGCGGCGACGGCGGCCGUGGACCCGCGGGUGGCCGCGUUCGAGCUGGAUUACACGCGAUGGGUGGAGGAGCAGGGGAGGCAGGCGACGGAGCUGCGGGCGGCGCUACAGUCGCACGCGCCGGAGGUGCAGCUGCGGGUGCUCGUCGACGCCGGGCUGGCGCACUACGGCGCGCUGUUCCAGGCCAAGGCGCAGGCGGCGCAGUCCGACGCCUUCUUCGUGCUGUCGGGGGUGUGGCGGGCCCCCGCGGAGCGCUUCUUCCUCUGGAUCGGCGGGUUCCGCCCCUUCGAGCUGCUCAAGGUGCUGGCGCCGCGGCUAGACCCGCUCAUGGACCACCAGGCGGCCGAGGUGCGCAAGCUGAUCCUGACGCGGCGGCAGGCGGCGCGGGGCCUGCUCGCGCUCGCGGACUACGGCCAGCGGCUGCGCGCGCUCAGCUCGCUCUGAGCCGGCGGGAGCCAGCGGGACCGCGGUGGAGGUAGCCGGACGAGCUCGGAGGAGCGAGCCCGCGAGGCCGGCCUGCUCGCCGGCGGGGCGGUGCGUGCGGACGGGGUCACGGGAGAGAGAGAGGGGGGGAUAGCGGGCUGCUGGAUCUGAGGAUUUGAGAUUAAAAUUUGAGAUGGCAUGAAAAAUGGAGGCCUAAAUAGGAGGUGGCUGGAGUUAAUUUUUUUAGAUCAAGUCUUUCGAUUUGGAAUAGGGGCCAAAUAAGAGGUGGGCUGGAGUUGCUCCUAUAUUGGCCAGAUCGAUCAAAUUCAGGAUGGGUCCUACCGAGGCCAAGCUUUUGGUCCUCUGGGCUCUGCUGGGCCAAGUUUUUGUGGGGCCGGAGAAUUGCUAAUCAUGCCUGACGAUGUAAGGCUUUUAUUUGGUGCUAAUUUAAUCGGUCCUUAUUUUAGCUA